GUGCUUUCUUGAUAGUGAACGAAGACGGAUCAGCUGAUUACUGUUGAAACGAUGGCGUGUGGUCGAACGGUGAAGAUGAGAAAGACUCCCGCGGUUCUGCAACUCUGAGAUGAGCCGAGCAGAUGAGGGACAUGCCUGACGUCACCCGCUCAGACUCCCAGCGGUCCGAUGUCUCCCACAAGCCGCGGGUCUCCUUCAACAGGGACGUCCACGUCAAGAGGAUAGGUCGCGAGGGUGUGGUGGCGGCGCUGGCCGGUGACGGGGAGGGCCACCUGGUACCUCUACCAGUCCGCCGAGAGAGGCCGGGGAGAUUGUCGAGACGAGAGCUCGAGAAGGAGGCGGUGUCAAUCCUGCGACAAGCAGAAAGGGUCAACUGUACUCCCUCCUUGGACCCACGGGACAAGUUCAGCACCCUACCUCCCAGACACUCCGGCAGGAACAAGAACUCAGUACAUCCGUCAGCAGCCUCAGUCUUCAACUCUCUCGACCGGCGAGGGCGGAAGCCUCGGGACUCCGAGCCUCCAGACAGUGUCCGACUCAAGAGGAGGUUCUCCAACCCAGACAACACAUGGGGAGUGUCACCGGAGCGGACGGAGCCCCAGAGGCGAAGACUGAACCGGAGCGUCAGCGACGCCGGUCGCCGGGAGCCGAAGAAGGAAAAGGAGUUCUCCAUCUUUGGGACUCUGGACCGGAUACGGAAGAAGAAUAAGAAGAAACCACCAGUGCUGGAGCCACGGGAGGAGGUGGUGCCUCCUGUGAGGAAGAAGAAACAACUGUCGCCCAUCAUGGAGUCGUCGCCGGCCGUGGUGGAGUCCCAGGAGCCUUGGAGGUUCGCGGAGGCAGAGACAGGUCCUGGGAGAGGUGUGGGCGGUGAUGGUGGCACUGUCGUAUAUGCGGAGGUGGUCGCAAGGCCAGGAGGCAAGACCACGGUCCACACUGCAGUUACCGCGGACCCGUCGCCGAGGCCGCACCAAACUACACCCGGAUCGGAAGAGGACGAAGGAGUGGACAUGGGUCACAGAGGGGCGCAGGGGCGGAGGUUCUCCUACGAAAGUGACAUCCAGCGGUCUACUUCCCCAAGAGAAUUCUCGGUAGACAUCAAGAAAGAGCUUGACAUCAGUCCGAUGAAGAAAGACAAUGACAUCCGCGAAGACAAAAUCAUCAAUAUGCUGCGAUCCAAAAGCAACCCUCUCCUGGACGAAAACGUGGUGGGAGGAUACCGGAGAGAAGUGAAGACGGAGAGAGUCAUCAGGGUGGAGGGCACAGAUGAACCUGACGGUAGAGGUAGAGCAGACGGAAUGGACUACUCGACCAAGAGGAGAGCUUCCAAGGAUUUCUUCGAGGAUGAGACACACUUAAAAACCAACCAUUUCAGUGACGUGGGCAAGAUACAUUCCUAUGACAAUUUAGACAGGAUCAAAUAUCAAGAACCGAUUCGAGCUUGGACUCCUCCCUUAGAAACGAGUUUGAUUGACAGCAAUAACCUGAGUUACCGUAGGGAAAGGCUCGAGUCGAGACUGACCAACCAGAGGAGAAGAUUUCUCAAUACGGCCCACCAGAAUAACAGUUACCGAGAUGAGAAUCUGAAGCAAGACUUAAAAAAAGACUUUCUGAUCUCACAGAUGAACGAUGACAGGGAGAAAGGGUACUUUGAAAAGAAAAUAGCUACUGAAAUAAACACCCAUCAUAGGCAACAGUUUUUAAAGAACAAAGAUGUGUUAGCCGAUUCGGGCAUUGAAAUGAGUGAUUAUAGGAAAGAUUCGAGCAAAGACGUUUCAACUUUAAACCGAAGAAACGCUGAAAACACUAGAGUGAUUCGAACCGAAACAACUCGAACGAAGUCAACCCCGACUUUAAAUAAAUCAGACUACCACUCCGACGGUGAGAAAAGGUACAAAGGGGACAUAUCGACUAGAUUCAUUUAUGAAGAACGGAAAAAAUCCGAUGUCAUACCAACUUCAUCGACCUUAGUGAAGAAUUACGCAAAGCCUACAAAGUCCGAAAGUAAGUUAUCUUCUAAGAAGGAAGAUAAGUUCACCAAAGAAAAGAAAAAGGAGAAAUUGACUCGAAUGGAGAAAGUGAAACAGCUUAUGUUUGGAAGUAAAGACAGCAAGAAAAAUAAGAAGAGUAAGAAGCAAGAUGAAGAGACGGAGGAUUUACUGAGGACGAGGUACACGGAGUACAAAGGAAGUGAUGUGUCUGUGAACUCUUCUCCGGCGAUCUCCAGAAGAAGACAAACCUCAUCGUCGGAGGUAGACGACCGAACUGAUCAGGAGAGGGAGGUUUAUGGAAGCCGGGCACGGCUUGCCACACCUUCACCCUCCCCUAACCCACCAGAGGACGGCUGGUUCAAAUCCCUCACUCGCAGGACAAAACACUCAAAGGAUGACAAGAAGCUCCGCAGGGAGGAGGAAGGCAGCAAGCAGCUGAGGUUCUUCGGUGACAGUGACCGAGAGUCUGUGAGGUCCGGGCGGAGGCCGUCCCCGUCACGACAACCUCGCCAUGGUUCCAACCCCCACCUGCUCCAGGUACCUUCGCAGAGGCACACAAGAAGAUCAGCCCCUGACAGUUCAGCAGAAAGUACCACUGAAGGGGAACACAGCAACCACUCACAGAAAUCUGUGGUCUACCUCCAUGCUGCCACUGUCGGAGACAUCCCUGGUUCGCGGCGGUUGCACCGCUCAGUGGUGGGGGGAGGACGCAGGUCGCAGAGUAGAGAGGAGCUCUCUAGUGGAGGGGGAGAGGUCAUCACGCCACACACUCGAGCACUCUCACGGUCCGUCUCUGUGCUGGCUCCGUGGAGACCUAAACACAUUCACGACGGCCGAGAGGUCCAAUACGACAAUGAGGGGCGGCCACCAAAACCUCCGAAGCAGCCGAGAAACACUCUAGAAAAGCAGAAAAAGAGUUUACGAGAGUUGCAGAAGAGCAAAGAAAACCUGGACGUUCAAGAGAACAGCUCUAAAAGGAGAGGAAGCAGUGAAAGUGUCUUAACAGAGAACAGACGAAGCCGAGGAAAUUUGGUGUUUGUGGGGAAACGGGAAAGUUAUGGGCGAGACGAAGUAGACACCCCUACAGGAACGGCAACUAUGGGACGACAACGGAACAAGAAGGACAAACGAGACUUGGGCCGCUCCGUGUCCAUCCCGCGAGAUAACCGGGUGUCUUCCGGCUGGUUCAAGGGGAAAAACAAGUAGAAGCUUGACCUCCUCGUCAAAGAGUUUGACAGUUGAUUUUAACAUCCAACCUCAAACAAAUAAUUUCCAAACUUUGUAGCUUAAACCUUUCAACUUAAAAUAUCGAGUUAUGUAAUACAUUUUAAAACAUU